GAUAUCUCCACUGCUCUGUAAUUUCACCGUUCUUACCAUUAUUGAAUCUUUAUUUGGACCUCAACAUUGUAAUAGUCGCACUCGCACUCAAGACAGUGAGAUGGCCGAGAUAGAUACUAGCAGUUCUAAAGAGGUCCCUGAGCAGCUCUAUCACACAAUUCUUCACUAUAUUGAUGCCUACACUUCAGGAGCGCCUUUCGCAGUCUGUCCGCUGGCAACUCAUACUGAUCUCAGCUCUGCCAAGGAAUACGCUCGAACUGCAUUGCACGACUUGGGGUAUCAAGCCGAUGAUUUUGUAAGUUUCGAGGUUCGUACUGCGGCUACGGAGAAUUGGCAGCAUGGCGAUGGCACGAUCGUGUGGGCCAAAGCUGCGAACAGUACCGAAGUCAUGGUGGAUAUCGACACUACAUCUAACGACGAGAAGCUUCCCGAGGGGCUUAAUCACCAGCUUCAAUUGCCCAAUGGAUCCAAUCAUCUCCACUACGUAGUGCAGACCACUAUCAAUUUGGUCAAAGAUCGCUCCGGUGUUGCCCAGCAGAGUGAAGUCGAGGGUGUUUAUGCGUACCGCUCCGACGCUAUUCUUGCGGCAAAACGACAGCUUUCCGAGCUCUUUGAUAACAAUGACUUUGCACAAUACGAAGAGCGCAGUGAGCCUGGUGAUUACGAGGGGUGGCCCUAUGGAGAGGAUGUUAUCGUGCAUGCAAUUGCUGAAACUGGAGACAACUACUACAUCGCUGUCAAGACGGUGCCGGGAGCGCACCAAAGGCACAAGACGCACCGCACGAAGAUCCUGGGAAAUCAUGGCCAUAAACGCCAUACGACGGCUACAGAGUAAAAGGCGACGCAGGCGGAGGCCGGGGGACAACGACCAAUGGGGCAUCUGAACACGCUCCCGCAGCAGUUAUGAUUUAGUACACAUAUCCCCCCGAUGCCAAAGAGAAUUCUUGCAGUGAGCAUUGAUCGAGCAGAGCUGAUUAAUUACCAUGGGCCAAAACCCUAUUAUUGAUUAAUUUCCUGCAAUUUGUAGCUUGGUGAAAGACAAGUAAUUGUCACAUCAAGUUUUACAAACCGCUUUAAAUAGAGCAAUUAUGUGUUAGGACGUAAACUGACAAAAAUCAAGCCCGGUGCAAGCCACUCUGUAAUCUCUAUAUAUAGCGCUGACUGUCCUCGUCUUUGAAUGUCAUCCCUAGAUAGUAGUGCGAUGCUUUCUGUUGCCAAUGGCGCAGUCAAUGUACGUUUCAAUUGACUAUCCUAUUGACGAG